UGCACCACGUCUUGGAAGCAGUCCUGUGUUACCUCAUAUACAAAACCAAUACAACGACGCGAGUGCAAUAGAUAUCGCGAGUCCGUGCAUGGUUCCUCAAGAUCGAAGGAAUCAAUUGGACGACGGACUGACAGAUUGACGGAUCGACGGAUUGACGAUCUGAUUUGAAACCGAAUUGAAUCAGAUUGAUCUUGGAAUUAUUGAAGUUAUUCUGAAAAUUACGACUAUUGUCGAUUUAAGAGGUAAACGGAAGUGACAAUAUGACUUGAUAUUGUGAGGAAGGUGCAAUUUCGAAGCUAGUUUUGUGAUGAGAAUGCCGAUAGACAGUAAAUAUUCUUUAGAAUUGAUGGAACACUCGACAAUGCGGACAUUUUGAAGAUCGCAAGAAAAAUAUGGAUACCUAAAAUGUACUACACUAAUUGUUGAAAGAUAACUGUCAGCAUAAUACAGUGGCUAUUUGUGCAACCAAUGUUUCAAUAGAAUAGAAUCGAAUUACUGUUUUAAAGCUAGAAAUGAAAGCAAUUUUAGAAACUUUAUAAAAACUCUUUAGAUAAUUUAAAUAUACUAGAUUAGUGGUGGAUUUAAACAAAACUUGAAAAUAAAAAUUCUGAUUAUAAUCAUAUAUCAUAUUUGAAAAUAGAAAUUCAUAUAGAGGUUUGACAGAGUUUUUAUGCGGUGCAAAACAAACAUUCCGUUACACAGAAGGAUAAGUCUUUCAGACAUUUUUUCCGCAGCUUAUAAUGAUCUCGGAAUUUGGCAGGUAGAAGGCAGUACGUAGUGACUCACAGUGUGUGUCAACGCGACGGCGACCUUUAUUGGAAUCUGGCGCCUUUUCUUCAUCGGUUCUGAAAUAAGCUACAAGCGCAUAAAAUUAGUGCGCAGUAAUUAUUGGAAAGUCAUUAUUGAUCGAAACAAUUGAUAAUCUGGUAAAGUAUUUCGCAAGUGCUUUUUCCAGUGCCAGUGGAGAUCGCGAAUAAAUUUUCGAACAAUAUGAAAUAAAUUGAUCAUAAUUUCUCGGGGGCUUUCUGAGUUUAGUAAUUGAUAUCUUUGACAAAUAUCUUCCUACACAGAAGACACGACUAAUUAUUUAAUUGACACAAGAGAGAAGAAAAGAGUGAGAAGUGACACGUUGCCAUGCGCAAUUAUUAAUCAGACACAGAGUGUUGAGAAGAGAAGACUAUAUAAAAUCAUAUGUUUCUGCUACGAAGAUUCCCUAACCGUAUAAAAUUUCGACAGGACAAGGAUGUCAAUCAUUAACUGAUAAUAUAUGCCACGGUGGUAGCUCUCGAGGAGGAUGUUCCACGGGGGCGGAAGUGGCGGGUACGGCGCAAGUUCCGAUUACCAGCAGCAGUCCCAGCAGCAGCAGCAACACGGGCAGCAGCUUCAGGCGCCCGUCUACGUUCCGUCGUCCAGGCCGGCGAUUCCAUCCGCAGCUACGGCAGCGCAAUAUCACUCUUUCCCUACUUCGCCUUCGCCCGCAUGGGAAAAGACAGCGUCCUGGCAACACGGAGUGGAAACGUAUGCGGCGCAUCACGCGCUCGCUGGACACACGAGCGGUACCGCGGCAGCGAUGGGUCCGCACGCUGGGCCUGGCCAUCCGCAUGCGGGACAUCCGCACGCGGCGCAUCCUCAUUCAACCCUCGCUGCAGCCGCGGCUGCACCGUUCUAUGCGCAGAACGUCGCGAUGAUGUCUUCGUGGCGUGCCUAUGACGGCACCGGCUUUCAACGUGCAUCGCCUUAUGACACCGCGAUGGAUUUCCAGUUUGGCGAGGGUCGCGAGUGCGUGAAUUGCGGCGCGAUAUCGACGCCGCUCUGGCGAAGAGACGGCACUGGCCAUUAUCUUUGCAAUGCUUGCGGACUUUAUCAUAAGAUGAACGGCAUGAAUAGGCCGCUCAUUAAGCCCUCAAAACGCCUGAUGUCGGAAUUUCAGACCGCGACGAGGCGACUCGGGCUGUGCUGCACAAACUGUGGCACCCGCACCACCACUUUGUGGAGGCGCAACAACGAGGGCGAGCCAGUGUGCAACGCUUGUGGGUUAUACUUCAAAUUGCAUGGGGUCAAUAGACCGCUAGCCAUGCGGAAGGAUGGUAUACAAACAAGGAAGAGAAAACCGAAAAAGACCCCAGAGCAGAAUGCUAGAUCGUCCCAGGGAGACCAUGAAUCCACUGCCUCGACUACAUCCUCUCCUUCCACAGAUUUGAAGAACAAUCAACAACAGCAGCAACAACAGCAGCAGCAUCAAAUCGAGGUGCCAAAGUCAUCGGGCUCGUCGACAUCGACCGAUAGACCCGUUUACCUCGGACAUACUUCUCUCCUGGCCACCGGAAGUGUACCUGCUGUGAAAACGGAACCGCGGAGCUGCGACGGCAUCGUUGGUCAGCCGUACUCAUCAUAUUAUCAACAUCCUCAUCAACUCGCUGUCACCAGUGAACAUCAGCAACAGAGCUAUUAUGGCACUCAAGAGGCGUCCUAUCAUCAUCAACAUCAUGUUACUGCAGCAGCGAAAUUACUCGCGUCCUCGUAAUUGUUUAGCAAUUGAAGUUCGUUCGCUAGAAUCGUCUUGAAAAUAAAUUCAGACGUAUUGAAAGACGAAGAAAACCUUUCCGCAGUAUUCAAGAAAUCGCCGAGAAACUUAUAUGAAAGAAGAUCGUAAAAUUUCUAAUAACAAUUUAGAAUUGAAAAUUGUGGAUUGAAACUUAAUCCGAUUAUUUGGAAAAAGAACAAGAGAGAGAAUAACAAAAUUAACGGUCAAAAAACUUCUUUGACAAGUGUGUGAAAGAAGAAUUCUUCUACAACAUGGGACUAGUCAGUGACGUGCAAAUUGUUUUAAAAUUAAAAGAAAAAAUUUCAUUCUUCGUGAUAGAAGCUGAAAUAUUGUGAAUCCAAGAAAAGGAUACCAUUUCUCGAAAAAAUAAAUUUUCGAGAAAGUGACUAUCUCACACAGAAAUCUAUGCGCGAACGCUUUAAUGUAUAAUAAAAUGAUUUGAAGAAACGAAAUAUCUCAUCGAUGUGUCUUAAAAAACUUUGAUUUUAAACGUGUCGUUAAUAAGGUGAGGAGAACUGGAUCUCUAGUCAAUGACAGGGAUUUAUAUAAAAGUUAUGAAAGACGACGCGUAUUGAAAAUCAUUUUACUAGCAGGGAUAAUAAUUGGAAUCGCGAGAAAAUGGGACAAAACUAUAAAAUGCUAAUGAGACACAGCACAUUUCUAUAUUUAACUUCUUGCGUUUGAAUAUCCGAUACAUGUAAAUAGCUGAGUUAUAAUAUAAUUAGUGCGAAAGUGCUUCCUGGUUUGACAAAAGCGCAAAGAUACUUAAUAAAAAUGACGGAUUAUUGGCAAGGCUCGUGUGCAACAAAUAGAAAUAUAAUUACUGCAUUUGAAAAACAAUAAAACGUCGCACUUAUCACGCUACUUUUUAGUUUUCUAAUCAGAUAAUAACAGUUCGACUUCAACUAAUUAGAAUUAAAAGAAAAAGAACGGAACUUUUGUUAUUUAAAUGUUGAAUUAAUAUUUUUAAUAUUUAUGCCGAUUAUCCUACAAUUUUUUUUGUUACACAGCAAAUGCACGCGAAACCAGAGUACUUAAUUGUAAAUAAUCUUCAGAAACUAUUGCAAUAUUAAGAAUAGAUAAACUCUUUCGGCCUCGACGAUUUCAUUGCUUUAUUUACUGCCAUAUACUAGAUUAGAACAUUUACUCUCCAUGAUUGCUUGAAAUAAGUGUUGAAUCAUUUUGCAUGAAAUGUUUUUUUUAAAUGGCCAAAAAAGGUAUACUUUUUAUUUUUCGUACUUGAUUAUUUUAUCAGCAAGCAUUAAUAAGCAUUAAAUUUAUAAUUAUAACAAAUAAGCAAAAUAAGUGCAAAUUUUUUAUUUUAGUGGAUGAAAUUAAUCUCUCGAGGCACGAAUAUAACAUUAUUAGAUUUAGCCAUAAACCUUGCACGAAUAUAAUAAUGAUUCACUUCAAAAGAUAAAUAGGAGAAGUCUGAUGAGCCAUUCUUAUAAUUUAUUGACUCAAACCGUUGGCUGUUGCCACGGUUUUUUGAAGAAUAUAUUUAGUUAACGUUAAUCAAAAAUGAAUCUUUGUGUAUAGUUCCUCUGUAACUCUACUUUUGCAAUGCGCAAUAAAUAAUUUUACUCAUCAAUUAAGAUGACAGAGAAGUUGCGUUUCUUUCUUCGAGUUAAAGAAAGAAAGAUCCUAUUCGAAAUAAUAUGGUGAAAACUUAAUGCUGAAUGAGGGAUAAAUCAAUCAUAUUGCAUUUCUUUAGUUCAUUAAAAUUCCCGCAAUAAUAGCGAUGUUAUAGGAUAACUUAGAAUUAUCCUUUAAACUUUUGUACAUGGGCAAAUAAAUUAUUGUAUAAUA